UCCACACCCCUGUUACUUGUUCUAAUUUUCUGCUUGGAGGAAGUGGCCCCUUUCGCUCUUUACCGCGGGGAUACAAAAUAACUAACACACUAUUCUGUUGUGGGGAAAUUAGGCAAUUGUCGUCCCAGAAGAUUGAGAAAUCGUUUCUACAGAAUAGCACGUUGUGACAACAUAGUUGUAAGAAGAUACGCCAGAGUGGCUCGUUUUGAGACGGAGUAGCCUAGCCUCGUCUGCUUUGUUUACACGGGGAUUGUUUUGAUGCGGGGCUUUUUCACGGUGACGUUUUUGCGUGGAAAACGACUAUAAAUCCUGCAACGAUGGCAAUGCAGGCCCAGGUGAUAUAUGACUUCAGUGCUGAACCAGGAAAUAACGAGUUGACAGUCAGAGAAGGAGAGACUGUCACCGUCCUCAACCAGAAUGUUGGUGGAGGAUGGAUAGAGGCUCAGAACUCCAGAGGACAAAGUGGGCUGGUGCCGGAAGACUACUUACAGGUUGGUGCGGUGUCGUCCAGAACACCAGAGACAGCUACCUAUCCGGAUGCCUACAGCCCAGAGUCCAGCAACAGCACAAACACUCAGGUUGCUAACGGUGACAACCCUUGGUCUGGGGGAGGAGCUGACACCAACGACACAGCCGGGGGAUGGGACACCCAGGGAUACGCACAGACUCGACAGAAUGCAGGUGAUGAUGACGAUGAUGGUGAGUGGGAUGAAGAGUGGGAUGAUGCCAGAUCAACAGGGGGUUAUGGAGAAACUACAGGGGAGGAAGGAGAGGCGACAGGCCGCAACACACACACACACAUGAAGAUGUCUCUCAACAAGUUUGCGUUCUCUAAGAUCCCCAACCCAGAGGUGUACCUGCUGGCUAAACUACCACCCAAAGGCAAAGACAGACUGGCCAUCUAUAUGGGAGAUGUGGGGCCAGUGUGGUUGUAUCCCCAGUCUCCUCUUGACUGUGUCGUGGCUGAUCCUAAAAAAGGCUCUAAGAUGUACGGGCUGAAGAGUUACAUAGAGUACCAGGUCACACCCAAUACGACCAACAGACCUGUCAAUCACAGGUAUAAGCAUUUUGAUUGGCUGUAUGAGCGCCUGUUGGAGAAGUUUGGUUCCGCCAUCCCCAUCCCCUCGCUGCCUGACAAACAAGUCACAGGUCGUUUUGAGGAGGAGUUUAUCAAGAUGAGGAUGGAGAGACUUCAGGGCUGGAUGUGUCGUAUGUGUCGACAUCCUGUCGUCUCCAACAGUGACGUCUUUCAACUCUUCCUCACGUACAGAGACGAGAAGGAGUGGAAGACCGGGAAGAGGAGAGCAGAGAAGGAUGAGUGUGUUGGACCAAUGGUCUUCUCCACCAUCGACCCUGAAGCUCCUGAGUUAGACAUCAUAGAAGUCGAGCAGAAGUGUGAGUUGUUCAGUAGGUUCACUAAGGAGAUGGAUGAUGGAGUUAAAGACCUGCUGAACGUUGGGAACAUACACUGGAAACGCUGCACAGGCCCUCUGCGUAAGGAGUACCAGAAGAUUGGAAAAGCCUUUCAGAAUCUGUCAUCUGUCUUCAACACCAGUGGCUAUACAGGAGAGGCCACACUCACAGAUGCUCUCACAGCUGCAGGGAAAACAUACGAGGAGAUCUCACAGAUCGUAGCUGAGCAGCCGAGAAAAGACCUUCAUUUCCUGAUGGAAACCAACAACGAAUACAAAGGGCUGCUAGGCUGCUUGCCUGAUACUAUCGGAGUACACAAGGCGGCUAUAGAGAAGGUGAGGGAAGGGGAUAAGAUGGUGGCAGCAGGGAAGAUCACCACACAGGAUAAAGUGACCAUGGCCAAACGAACCAGCAUCAUGUGCUACUCACUACAAGCUGAGAUGAACCACUUCCAUAGCAACCGUAUCUAUGACUACAACAGAGUCAUGCAGCUCUACCUGGAAGAACAGAUCAGGUUCUAUGAAACGAUGAAGUGUUUGAGCUAA